AUGUCCGAAACUCGUGGAUUCACCAAGGUCGACGUUGAUCAGAUCAUCAAUGACUCUCGUGACAACACCAACCUCGACCGUCUGUCCGACUGCUGGGGCAAGUAUGACAUCCCCUACGCGUCGCGCUACGACAUAGACAUGACUAUGCCGCAGCACAACCUUCCUGAGAUAGGCAUUGAAGCCAAGGUUGCGUACCAGCUGCUCCACGACGAGCUUGAGCUCGACGGCAAUCCGAACAUGAACCUCGCAUCGUUUGUCCACACCUGGGUCCCAGACGAGUGCAGGAAGCUCAUGAACGAGAACCUCUCCAAGAACCUGGCUGACCAGGACGAGUACCCCGCCGCGACUGAGAUUCACAACCGUUGCAUUGCCAUGAUUGCCGGCCUGUGGAACGCGCCCCCAGGUGAUGUCAAGGGCACAGCGUGCACCGGCUCCUCUGAGGCCAUCAUGCUCGGCGGCCUAGCGAUGAAGCGUCGCUGGCAGGCCAAGAUGAAGGCGGCCGGAAAGGACAUCUACAGACCGGGCCCUAACAUUGUCAUGGGUGCCGAGGCGCAGGUCGCGCUCGAAAAGUUCGCAUCGUACUUUGAGGUGGAGACCCGUCUAGUGCCGGUCACACGUGAGAGCGACUUCGUCAUGGACCCCAAGGAAGCGAUGAAGCAUGUCGAUGAGAACACGAUUGGCGUUUUUGUGAUUCUUGGGUCGACGUACACCGGCGCCUUCGAGAACGUGAAGGAGAUGUCGGACCUGCUGGACGCGUACGAGGAGAAGACAGGCAACCAUGUGCCCAUCCACGUCGAUGCGGCGUCGGGCGGCUUUGUCGCGCCUUUCGCUUACCCGAAGCUCGAGUGGGACUUCCGCCUCCCGCGUGUGUGCAGCAUCAACGCCAGUGGACACAAGUAUGGGGCCUCCCUCGUCGGCGUCGGCUGGAUUGUGUGGCGCUCCCCAAACUACCUCCCCAAGGAUAUGGUGUUCGAGCUCCACUAUCUGGGCGAGACCGACUUCAGCUUCAACCUCAACUUCUCGCGCCCCACCCACCCCAUUCUGGGACAGAUGUUCAACUUCAUCAACCUGGGAAUGGAGGGAUACCAGCGCGUCAUCGCGGCUGACCUCGUCAAGGCACGCGUACUAAGCCGUGCCCUGGAGCGCUCCGGAUACUUUGUGUGUCUGUCCAAUAUCCACAAGCCGGUGAAGCCGGAGACGCUUCUCGGCAAGGCGGCACAAAAUCUCAAGAUUGAGGACGACCAGCCUGAGUAUUACGUUCCCGGCCUGCCUGUCGUCUCGUUCCGCUUCACCGAUGAGAUCAAGAAGAAGUAUCCCAACCUCAAGCAGGCGUGGGUCCAGUCGCAGCUGCGCGGCAUCGGCUGGAUUGUGCCUAACUAUGCCUUGCCUCCGGCCGAAGACAAGACCGAGAUUCUGCGCGUCGUCGUACGCGAGUCACUCUCCGGUGAUCUGCUCCACAAGCUCAUUCAUGACAUCGUUGCCGUCACCGAGAUGCUGCUGGCCGAUGCGGGCCCGAGCCCGAGCAUGAGCACUAUGGACUGUAUCGACAAGGCAAUCAGAGCCCGCCCCGGUCGCGCGCGCCACGCGAUGAAGGAGCAGACUGGACAGGGCGAUAAGGGGAAGAAGGCGGCGUAUAUCUGCUAA